CUUCAGUCUUUGUGCCGCCGCCAUCUUGAUCAGAAUCCGGAUCAUCAUCAUCUGAUCACACUGAUUUCCACUGAACACACACGAGUACAGAGCGGCGAUGGCCACUGCACCCUACAACUACUCCUACAUCUUCAAAUACAUCAUCAUCGGUGAUAUGGGUGUAGGGAAGUCCUGUUUGCUUCAUCAGUUCACAGAAAAGAAGUUCAUGGCAGACUGCCCACACACGAUCGGCGUGGAGUUUGGCACUAGAAUAAUCGAGGUGAGCGGACAGAAGAUCAAGCUGCAGAUCUGGGACACGGCGGGACAGGAGCGAUUCAGAGCGGUCACACGCAGCUACUACAGAGGAGCUGCAGGAGCGCUGAUGGUGUAUGACAUCACCAGGAGAAGCACAUACAAUCACCUGAGCAGCUGGCUGACUGACGCCAGGAACCUCACCAACCCCAAUACUGUGAUCAUACUGAUAGGAAACAAAGCAGAUCUUGAAGCGCAGCGAGACGUGACGUAUGAAGAAGCAAAACAGUUUGCUGAAGAGAACGGUCUGUUGUUUCUGGAGGCCAGCGCAAAAACAGGUGAGAACGUAGAGGACGCAUUUCUGGAAGCAGCAAAGAAGAUCUAUCAGAACAUACAGGACGGCAGUCUGGAUCUGAACGCGGCUGAAUCGGGCGUGCAGCACAAACCAUCAGCGCCGCAGGGCGGGCGGCUCACCAGUGAACCACAGCCACAGAGAGAGGGGUGUGGCUGUUAAUGACCAACAUCCUCCACCUGCCCACAAAACCAUCCAGCCUCCUCUACAGAACCUUCAUCACUCUCAAUCGGCCGCUGUCGCCCGUCUCCGAGGCCACUUGGGUGUGGGCCACAGAUGAGAGGGGUCACGGGUCGGGCAGGGAUCGUCCCCUUCAUCUGUCCAUGUUCAUUUUCUCACUCUCUUGGUAAUUUUCUUAAUUUCCCAUCAUCGUUAACCACCACUCAUGAACUCAUCACACGACACGAAUCUGUGAGACUGCUGACAACCACGCAGGUUAUUUUUUAUUGGUUCAUUUUAUAUCUCAAUAAUGUAACAUUUGUUCUUCUGUAACACUGAGAAAUGAGACUUGUACAGGAAGUAGCGAAAAGUGGCUGACUAUAAUCAGAAAUUAUAUUGCUGCUGCUGCAUGAGUUUGAUAGUGGCCGCUUGAUGCGAUUGUGUAUUCAUCACACAUUUUAUAAUCAUUUUGAGACUAAUUUCAUUCCAUAGUAGUGCGAUCAGCCGUGCUGCAGUGACAGGACUCAGGAGAAUCAGUCUGCCUGUGUCAUGACUGGUGGCCACCAGACUGAAGCUCAGAGAACAUUUAGAGGCCUUCAGGGCUCAAAAUGUGUUUAUGAAAUCUGUGCCGAUUCCAGUGAUUUAGAUCCCAGAUUAACAUAGCAGCAUUUUCUUGUUGGGGUGAAGAUGCAAACACAGGUGUAUGUAAAGUUGGUUUGUGUUGGACACGUUUCUGAAUCAAAGACACUUUAAGAAAAGAUGUUUCCUGCUUUUUGUAAAUGAUACAUUUGACUCAUGUUUCUUCUUAUGCUUUGAUCAAAUCAAUAGAAGUUUGUUUGUCCUUACCAUUAUUUUAUUUUAUUGCUGCCUUAUGAUUCAAAUUAAUAUUAUUACUAUCACAGUUUAAUAUGUUACUGUGCUAGCUCAACAUACAUUUUUACUUGAAUGGUUUUACAACACUGAUACUUUUAUUAUUUAGAUCAUGUGACAGAAACAGCUCCAGUUGUAUAGGCUGUACUUUCUCCAAAACGGUGCGUGUUUGGGAGACCCUAAUUCAGUUUAUGUACCACAUGACAUCAAAUCUAAUUCAGCUGCUGUAUAUAGGGCUAUAUCUGUUGAUGAUGCUGUAACCGCACUGAUUCUUCACUCAGACAGAUGAUGUGAUAUUCUGUGAGAUACUGGCCACUCUUGUUUGGGAAAAGCUGUAACACGUUUCCGAGUAUCAUUAUUACAGUAUGUACAUCACAAACUCUCUGAGGUGCACAUUUCCUCAGCUAAAGAGACAUCUGGCAUAUGUUAAAAUUCUUCCACAGAGUGUUUUAUCAUCUUAUGAUCAUAUGAGGAUCUUGGAAGAUAAGCCUCUCAGCAUCUCUUUACUAUCUGAAUGACCUGUUCUCACUGAUCACAUGAGUAAAAACAGUACAUAUGUAUAAAUUUUGAAGGAAUUGUACUAACAUUUAAAGUCUGUUCUUGUGUGUAUAUGAUUUAAAAAUAUUGACAUUUUGAUUUUAAUUAUGACAAUAAAAAUGCUCUAGACAGAAAACAG